AUGCCCAGCUCUUCUCCCGACUCAGCCGCAGACACGUCUCCUGCAGCAGAACAUACGCGCAGGAGAGCAUACAAGGCUUGUCUUCACUGCCGAAAUGUGACUUGGGAGACAUCGCGUGCCCUGGACAGCCUCCGUGCGCGCGGUGUAGGCGCGAGAGACGGGAAUGUAUCUUUGCGCCGUCCUACAGAGGCGGACGAAUCGUCAGAAAGUCGAACGCUGACACAGAUAGGAAUGCGGACGCUCGAGGACCUGUACAAAUUGGAUGGCGGACUGCUCUCUCUGGCUUGUACUUUCACGUUCUCAACAUCAGACAUCGACAUCGAUGCAGAGAUCGAGCAGGAUGUCAAUGCUCGAUCUGACUCCGAAGGUCCACCUCGUAAAGCAAUGAGACUCGACUCCUCUGCCUCCGGAUCCGAGAACGCAGGCGACAGGGAUCGCGUCGAUCCACAAAGCCUUGCAGCCGCAUCACUUCGCAAUCCUACCGAUGCACUUAAUUUACUGGCUCUUGCGGCAGACGUCGACCGAAAGAAUAAGUCAAAACGUCGCGCUAGCAUCAGUGAACCAGUCUCUGCAGAGUCGCCCACACACGGACACGAUGGUACAUCCGAAGCUGACCAUACUCGGGGCUCCGGGCUGAAAUCCGAAGAUGGUUCCAUUUCAUGCGGUGCCCAUUCCCACCAACACAGUCAUGCACAUCGCGCACCAACGCCACCAUCGCUCUCCACAUAUGCACUCGUGCGGGAUCGCGUCCUCACUCCGAGUACCCUUAAUACUCUCGUCUCGCAUUACUUCUCAAAUGCACAUGCCGUCUUUCCGAUGGUCCCACAUCACCAUAUUCCGCGCUGUUUCACCGAGCUAGCACGUUUCGCUGCAGAUGAAGCGCCUCUCCUUACUGCGAUAGUUGUUAUCGCAUCACGCCAAGAGAAAAUGUUUGAUGUACAUUCGAGGAGUUGGGAGUACAUGCAAACCCUUAUCAACGAACUUAUUCUUGGGAAAUAUGCAUCUGUUGGUGCCGUGGAGGCGCUGCUCCUCUUAUCAGAAAAUCUGCCUCGGCGAACUGAGGCCGCGACUGAAGACGAUGAGCACCGAAUGGCAUGGAUGCUUGUCGGAAUGGCCGUGCGAAUAGGGUAUAUGCUCGGAUUAGAUCAGAAGACACUCCGACCGCUAUCUCCUGGAGUUGAAGAUAAUGGCGAGAAGGAUAACGAUUCAGGUGCUCGGAGCGAAAACGAAAAACUUGACAGAGAUCGAUUGGCAUGGACUUAUUGUUAUAUCUUCGAUAGAAGUAUUUCAAUUCGCUCGGGAAAGGCGUUCUGGAGCAGAGGCCCGGGUCUGUGCUUUCAACGCACACAUAGCGGAGCCGUACCCUCUGCGUCAGAAACCUUCCCAUCUCUACGUGAAAUCGCUGGCCUUCAGGACGACUUCUCCGCCAUGCUCCAAGCGUACACGGAACUAACCCAGACGAUGGCUUCCGCGCAUGAUGUGUUAUAUCCAUCGAAAGAUAGGACGAUAGCGCUCGUGCGCGUCGGAGAUUACCACAAAUACCUCGACGAGCUAACACGAAGUAAGAAUGGCUUCCGCCUGAACUGGGAAGGGAAGAAGUGGGAGACAGCUAUCGUGCACGAAUGCGUUUGGUUGUCUUUCCAUUACACACGGCUAUACAUCUACGCUUUCGCCUUCCAAGCUCACGUCCAAAGAAACACGUCAACAACAGAAGACGGCAAGAAAGUUGCGGAUAGUAUCAUAUUCCCGCGUGGUCCGAUGGGUAGUCCGGAUGCUCGAUUUAUCCUUGAGGCUAUUGAUGCUGCGACGGAAUUACUGCAUAUAUGUGUGGAGAGACUGCAUCCAAGCGGUGUGAUGACUUAUUUACCUUGGAGAUUUUUCUUGUAUUUUCAAUAUGCGGGCGUUUUUCUCCUGAAGGCCGUGUUCGUCGGCGCCGUCGUUCCGCAGGACCAACGAGCAAUCGUGCAACUAGUCAAAAAAGUGAUUGUCUGUCUCGCUUGUGCGAGCUCAGACGAUCAGCACUCAGGCGUGCGUUACGCGCGUCUACUGAAUGGUCUUCUAAAAGUAUUCAGUCGUGGAGUCGACGGAGUCGCGUCUCAAGUUGGUACACCGAAAAGAAGAACAAUAGGCCUUCCUUCGAGCACGUCGUCGUCAGCAAGUCCACGCAAAGAUAAUGAUACGCCUCCAAAAAUGGGUUUCAACGUGGCGCAGGCAAAAGACAUGGAGUUAGAUCCCGCAGCGCCUAUGGCGAACCCUACUACACCCAUCAUCGCAACUCCUUCACUCACUUCGGGUCAUCUCGUGAAAUCCGUUAACUCAUCGAUGUCUCAUGAUGUCCCCCUUCAUCACGUACACAGUCCAGCAACCGAAGCUGUCCUCGCACACUUGCCUAUGCCUCGAUUAGACGCCAGUGUGGGCAAGUUUGCUGACAGAGGCAAUACCUCCUCUCACGCUAUGCAUGCUGGACAAUCAUUACACCAACCAAUUGCGACGGAUGCACUCUUCGGAAGUAGCCAAAUGAACGCAACAAGCUCUACUUCACGAUAUACGAGCAGUCUUACCUCACCGCCGUACCAUCGCGGACCCACACAUUUGCACCAUAGACAACACUCCCGUUCACAAGCGCAGCUCUACCCACCAUCCCACCCUUCCUCACGAGCUGUCAGCACAAACGGGUAUACAAACGGCGUGAAUGUCGACGUCGCAAACUCCGGUCCGGGUCCCACAGGUCACACUCCCACCCCAAAUCCCGGUCCGACACCCGGUCCAUCGGCAGGUCCAGCUCCCGCAUCAGCAUUCGACAUAUAUCAAAUGAGCCCCUCAACAGGCGCGAACCUCAACCUCUCGCAAUUCGAUCUGAACUGGCCACCGACGGAGGUAGACGGCCUAGCUCAGAUGUUAGCAGAUGACCAUGCAUUGGACGGGGAUUUUUGGAUGUCGUUGCCUAGUCAUGUUCACUGGCAGGCUUGGCCGCAGAGUGGAACGGGUGGUGGCGGGAGUGGGACGCCUGCACCGCCUGCGUCUUUGAUGAGCUGACCCGAGUGAACUUCUUGUUUGAUUGGUCGGUUUGUAUGUAUGUACAUGGUUUUCUGGUUAUUCGGAUUUCUUGGGUAAAAGGGAUUUUGCGAAUGGAACUGUUGGUUGGUAAAGGAAUUUGUAUUUCUGGCUGUGUACUUCGCAUAGACGUUGGAUUUUCCGUUUCGCUAUUGUUGUUGUAUGCAUCCGUUGUUUGUAUGUGUACUUUGCUCUGCUUUGCUUAUUUUUCGUGUUUUCCGAGUCGUUUGGUUCUGGAGUAAUAUUGCGAACAGUACUAGUGCUCUGAUAUAGACUUCAUUUUCG